AUGGUACUCGUGCAGUCUGGUCAAAUUCCGGCCUACCUAAACUUGAUCGCCAUCAACGAAAGUAUUCACUGUCAACAAUUGAUAGAACCACUUCCGAACAGUUUGCUCAGUUUCUACAAAGCAAUCGGACUUAUUUUGGGUCCGGUCAACGCCAUCUUGAACGGGGUCUGUGUGCACAUUUUCAAACAUCCCGCCUGGAAACAGUCUGCUAUGAGUCGAAUACUGAAAGGACUUUCUAUUGUGGAACUGUGUAUGGGGAUCAGUCUAUUCCUAUUUGCCAUGCUGUAUGCACAAAACUCAAAUACGGUACAGAAAACAGACCUCAUAAUCAAUUUCACUCAAACGGAGCCAAACAGUUCACUGCCUCCAUCGCAUGAAGCGAUUCGAAAGAAUCGUGAUAGAGCGUUUGUGCACACAAUCGCCUGGUUCUUAUCCAUGACAGUGUUCAGUCGCUGUCUCGUUGCAUUCCAAGUGGCCCGAAAUUGGUCUGUAGUACUGUUGGCUGCAUAUCGAUACGAUCGAAUAUGCCGACCGAUCGGGACGGGCACGGCACUGCCACGCGAGAGGAUACCUGGGAUUCUGAUUGCCACGAUUGCGUUAUCAUUUGUGGUUGUGCUUCCCCGGGUGUUCGAACUAGGCAUAGUGAUCUGUGACAUUAGUGGCCAGUAUGCAGGUGAUCAAGUACUGCUUCUGAGGGACCCAAUCUACCAAAUUGUCUACUUGGGCAUUGUGAUGUUUGUUGUACAGUCUGGUGGUCCGAUCAUUUGUGUUUGCGUGUUGAGUGCAUUUGUGAUUCGGUUGAUUGCGAAACGCCGAAAAAUCCACAAAAUGAAUGAACAAAAAUCCGCUCGUCGUUUGUUAAGCAUACAGCAUAGCUCACGAGCACGUGCCAGCGGCCAAGAUUCAGGUCCCGGUCUGCCAGGGGAUGGGAAUGGAACAACCACGAGCGCAAGCAAUUUGAAUUGUAGCAACAGCCAAGAAAACGAAAAUAAUCACAAAAACAAUGAUGAAUGGAACAAACCAGCUUCAAGACAACCAGGCAUGAACAAUUCGGAAAACGUUGAUCGUACUUCCAACAUGCUUGCUCUUACCAGCCCAAUAGACCGACCAUCUCCAGCAGGAGAUAAACUCAUAUUUGCUGUUUGCAUCACAUUCUUUAUUUUGGAAACUCCAGCAUUUUUUAGUAAAAUUCUCAACCCUUACCUGGAGAAACAUUAUUUUCAAUUGGAUCUUUGGUUAUCCGUUAUAGCCAACGUUCUUGUGUACCUAGACUCCACUCUGAAUGCAUUUGUCUAUAUGGCAUCCAAUCCCACUUUCCGUAAGGUAGCAUAUGAUGAAUUUGUGAAAUACCGAAGCCGUCUAACCGGUGCACCCUAUCGCCCAUCACAUUCGACCAAUACCUGCUUGAACAAUCCACGAAAUGUGUCUGUUCGAUUGUCGCGCACCACGUGA